AAGCUUAAUCAUGAGAUGUCGUUGUGCUCGCAACGUUUCCUUGUCUUUCAGAUGUUUCAGUCGUGAAUCAUCAUUAAGUUGAAGGUUACUUUCAGUUAAAAUAUGAACCUCUCUACUUUCUUUAUCCUGAUACUGGAAUGUCUAAGGACUUGUUCACAAUUUCUGGUCGAUACCAAGAUAACCGUGUCCUGCUCUGCCGACACAAAUUUGGAAGGGUGGACAGACAACGGCAAUGAGAUAGCCUAUUUGGAUUAUGUCCGGAAGGAGAUUGUUUACACUGUUCCUACAUUUAUUAUGUUAGAUCCACAAAUUGUGUUAAAGAAUGUUACUAACUACAAUCAUUCAAAAAGAGAUUUCGAAACAUGCCGGAGCAUGUUGUUGUAUUUCAAAGAAGACAUCAAAUAUCCAGGAGACGUUGAAGAUCCCCCACAGACCGUCAUCUACUUUGCAGACGAGGUUCUGCAAGGUGAAGAAAACACCUUGAUUUGCCUCGUGGAUCAGUUCUUCCCACCGAACAUCCGAGUGCACUGGACCAAAAAUGGCAUAGAGGUGUCAGAGGGGGUGUCACUCAGUCGGUAUUACCCCAACGAGGAUGCCACAUUCCGCCAAUUGUCAACACUGACAUUCACACCAAAAGAAGGAGACAUUUAUGGUUGUACUGUGGAGCACUCAGCCUUGGACAGGCCAAAAACUAUUUUUUGGGAGGUGGAGUUCAGUCAUCCCGGCGUUGGAGCAGAUGUUUUCUGUGGUGCGGGCUUAACUGUGGCACUCUUUGGAGUGGCAUCUGGAGUUUUUUGGGGAAUCAGAGGAUCCUAUGCGACGCCUGUUUUGUGAUUCUAGCUUCCACAUUGCUGAACAAAACACGCAACUUGUGAAAACAGAGAUUCCCCAUCAGUGGUACACUCUAAAAACAGUUGGAUUGUUUCAUUAACUAAUUUUUUGGAUUGUUUGUGUUGGGGUAAAAAUUCUGGGUUAUUUCUUGUGAAAUGUUUCAUUGAAAUUAAAUAUUUAUUGAGUUA